GACGGAGCAAGCAAGGGAUAGUUAUUUACGUUUAUUCGAUAGCUUUGUCGCAUUUACACAUGGAGAAUAUCUAAAUAUUCAAAAUGGGUUGGCUGAAUUUCUUAUCAAGAAAGUCUCCUGUUAACAAUCAAGAUGAUGGUCUCAAAGCACAAGCUUACCAUGAGACUGUGGCUGCGAAUCCUCCAAUCCGCGGCACCUAUCCGGUAGCUGGCAACGGCCCCAACAUUUUGGAGAGUUUUCAGAAAGCACAUCCGCAUUUAAAAGAUACCAAUUCCAAUGCUUCUCCCGCGCCGCAUCCUGCAAUUCCUCCGUUUCUCGAACGCCCUAACACGGCGCCGGCUCAUCGAUCAUCGGAAGGAUCUGCACGACCAAAAUCACAAUCAGCGAGCUCAGUAAAACCACUACCACCUCCCAAGAAGCGACACGGUCCGUAUAAGCUCCCCUCGAAGUUGCCGGACGAACGUGGCGACGAGAUUGCAAACAAGUUACUUUAUAGUGUGCCAUCCCCAACUUUCGUCCGCAAUCGCAAUUCUUCAAUUUUCAGUGCGGACUCAACAUCAACCAGGAAGUUCGUUGACCUCUUGGAAGCUCAAUCAUUUAUCAAGCCGUCUGACUUUUACGGUCGCGUCAAGGCCACCGGCGCAAAGGACUAUGGUGAAGAUGUUGCAGACCGCAACAUUGGCGGGCAAAGUUCUAGUGUUAACCCCACGCAGACCGAAGAAAUCUUCAAGAAGAAUUUCUCAUUUGGCGUCGAUAGCGAUAGCAAGGAUGUCAACCGGCCGCCAUCGUCAAGGAAAAGACAUUCUGUGGGAUCUGGAUUACGAACCAAGUCGAUUAGUUCCAACUUUCAUAGCACAUUGCCUGUGAUUGUGUCCACGGAACUCCCGCAAGAAAACGAGAACAGGAACAUAACAAGCCCGGUUCGAAAAGCUCCUCGCCGAAAAUCUUUGCAUUCAUAUGUCCCCCCGUCUUCCGCGGAGCUCUGCGCAGACAGGCCGAGCAGUUCUUCGAGGGCAAAACAUGUGGAAGGGACAGGGCUCCCCUCUUUUCCUAGUUCCCUUCAAGAGAAAGCUCGGGCUGUGGCUCGGGAGGAUUUUAAACACGACUUAUCUGUGGACUUAAGCCAAGUGAUCAAGCCAAUACGACCGUCGAGAGAUGCCCGCGAGAUUCUAGCUCAUGGACAGGAUUCAGACGACGAUAUUUAUUAUGAAUGUAACGAUUCUAGACAGGACCCGUUAGCUCGGGUAGACCAAUACCGAUCCACCAAGGGCUCUUUCAGGCGCGAAUCCACACCAAAUGUACCGUCUUUGACUGCGUUCAAACAGGCAUCUAAGAGUGGAAACCUACAAACGCCUCAAUCACCCUAUUGGAGACGGUCGACCAUUCAGAACAGCUUGCCGGGGGUAGAGGAAAAUAUACAUAUGAAGAAUCACGAUUCGCCAAGACGUGGAUAUGAGGCCGAUUUUGAUAUCCACGACUCAUUUCGUGAAUUCUCAUCGUCACACAUUGUGGAGCCAUCAGAGUCGAGAUUGGCCCACAGCCGUCCUAACAGUAGAGAUGAACGGAAUUAUCGUAAUCGAAAUCGAAGUGCUGUUUCUGUGUCUGCGAAGAGCUUGAAGCACACUGGAAUGGGAGAUGUAGUACCAGAACGAGGCAGUAGCAUUCGCCGUUGGUCGUUGACCUCUGAGACGGGAGGCUCGACACAGAGCUCGAAUCCAUUUAGGCCACAAUCUGGACAUACCACAAACACAUCUGUCGACCUUACACCUCGUGCCCCAUUGCCCAAGACUAUUGAAUCUCACCCAAUGUUUCUAUCCGAAAGCAACCGUGUGUCACCUGAAAAUCGAUCAGAGAUUGAUACGCAUGAGUCCUUAUACCACGAAGUUGACCCUGAAUUACUACCAGGUUCUAAACGACGACGACCCUCUAUAGAUUUUGUGAUCGACGAAGAUGCCUCGUCAGUUGAUUCUUUUGACAACCCUCAGCAUUCUGCUGGCGAGUUCGAAAAAGAUCUUCUCUUCCAAGGCUACGGCUUCGAAGGUUCUCAACUACCAGGGCUUCCGGGCUUAUUUGAUGCGGGACCGUCGAAACCCAGAAAAGACCUGUCUCAACGAACACAUUCGUUCUCCGCAUACAGGGACCAGUAUCAUCUUAAUGCCCUGAAUUCCCAUCUCGAUGUUCUUCCGUUGGGCUCUCGGUAUUCGGCUCGAUCUUUACAAUAUACAUCUCGCCCUACAUCGUCUCGACUACGAAUGCCGGAUUUCAGUGAUAGUGAUUCGGAAUCUGGCGGCGAUUCUGAACUCAAAUAUGACUCCGAAGAAGAGCUCAAUUUUGACAUCCCCCUGACACGCUCAAUUGGGUCUAGGCGCCAGUCCUAUAGCAGCAGACGGCGAUUCGAAACAAACACGGAAUCGCUAAGGGAGAGCGAUACCGUAUUUCCCGACAUGUCAAGAGUCGCGCAUCUUCGUAGGGAGACAAAGACAAAGCAGCGCACGAGUACUGGCUCGCUACGCAAAGCGAAAGGUAAAGGGAAGGCUACCGAUAUUGGUAUUCCCAGGAUUGGAUUAGAUGAUCCAUCAAAUUAUGCAGAUAUUGAGUCAUGAGAUGACGAGAAUUCUCAUUUGCAUUAAGGCGCGUUGGCCAAGUGUGCGGCGCACGAAUACCAUUACAUAAUACCCUUCUUUCCCUUUUCUAUUAUUCACGCGGAGGUUAUCAAACUAAUACCUCUUUUCGGCACGCAUACGAUUGUAAUGACUAUUGUUAUGGUUUAAUGUUUGGCGCAUUGAGCUGAGGCGGUUCGAGGCCCGGCGAGGCUCAAAACCGGUUUAUACCCCCUGACACCGCGGAUGGGAUCCGCAAACAACGAAGCACGAGAAGAAAGGUCCAUUGCCUUCUAGGCCAUCAUAGACGGGCGGUGGUAGUUCUUGAUUUAUUACAUGUUCACAUAAAGCCCCUAACGACGCAUAAUCACAUACAUGUUGUACCUAAUUUACGCCUUGCUACGCUCCUCAUUACCCUUCUUUUUGUUACCCCCAAGAUUUUGCAUACACGCGGGAGAGAGAGAGCCCGUACGAAUCAUCUAGGACUUUACUACGAGAUGAAUAAUAAGAGGAAAUUGCUUAAUGAAUUCAUGAGGUUGGCAGAGUGAUAGGUACCGUGUAGAAUUGUGUGAAAUUACGCUUAAUAAGAAAUUUCAUGGUCCC